AAGCACACUCACACACCGUAUAGAAUCCCAUCAUUAUUACUACACACAAUCAAGCAAGAAAAACGAAAAGAAUCGACGCCGCAAUCACAUUAUCUUGCUGGGACGAGCCUUUGUUUUUUCUGUGUAGAAUCGAGAAGAAAACUCCAGAUAAUUUUUGUUGCAAACAUGUCCAGUUUACCGAGUAAGCGCGCAAAGUUGGAAGAGGGCAAUUCAGCUCCUAAUGAAGCUGUCUCAGAAGCAUUGGAACUUAUCGACGCGUGUCAGAACGACAUUGACGCCCUCAAUGAAAAGGCCAGUGAGGAAAUUCUCAAAGUUGAGCAAAAAUACAAUAAACUCCGGAAGCCCUGCUAUGAAAGGCGGAGUGAAUUGGUGAAACGCAUACCUAACUUCUGGGUGACAGCGUUUAUCAAUCAUCCACAAGUGUCCGGAAUUUUGGACGAGGAAGAAGAGGAAUGUUUACAUGCCUUAAGUAAAUUGGAAGUAGAGGAGUUCGAAGACAUCAAAUCGGGUUAUCGCAUUCAUUUUUACUUCGAUGAGAAUCCAUUCUUCGAAAACAAGGUUUUGACAAAAGAAUUCCACUUGGGAACGGGAUCUGAUGAGAACAGUGAUUGCCCCUCGUCAACCAGCACGUCUAUACAGUGGAAGGAAGGCAAAAAUCUCUUAAAACAAUUGCUCUCAAAACCAUUUACCAACAAGAAGAAGCGAAAUUCCGAGUAUAAGACAUUUUUCGAUUGGUUCACCGAUAACAGUGAUCCAGUUAAUGAUGAAAUUGCCGAAUUAAUCAAAGACGAUUUAUGGCUUAACCCUCUGCAGUAUUAUCUGGUACCUGAUAUUGAGGUAGAGCCAGAAGAUGAUGAUGAGGACAAUGAAGACAAUGAAGAGGAAGUGUUUGAUGAUGAGGAUGGUGAGGGUGAAGAAGAUGACGAUGAUGAUGACAAGUAGAGUGAAGGCAAAUUAAGGAUGAAAAACACAUAUUGAUAUAUAAUAUCCGUAACAAAUUGAUUCCAUACUAUAUACUAUACAUAUACGGAGGAAAGCAAGAAAAAGAAUAACAAAAUUUCGUAUUUUAGAAUUUAA